UAUAACAUUAAACCAUAAAGAUCACUGUUAGAACAAUAGAACAUUGCCAGGGGGAAAAAAUGAAGUGGCUUUUAGUUCAAGUAUUAUUAUUAAUAAUUUCAAAUGAAAUUUUAAUUAAAGCCGAAUAUUAUUCAUCGGUACAUAAAAUGUCCUCUUUAAUGAAUGCCGAAUUACAAAUAUUAAAUAAUAUGGAAACAUUUAUAAGAAAAAAUGAAAUUAAAUUACAGUUUUUAAAAGAGAAACUUAAGGAUUAUGAAAGAGAACAUGAAGAGGCUGUAGCCACAGGUCCAGUAUAUUUUGAGAAUCCGGUAAAUAAAUAUUUGUUAACUAAAAGACUGACCAACGAUUGGGAAAGAAUCGAAAAUGUAAUGCAAUACCAAGAGGGAGAGAACUCUCUAAAGAUAAUUGAAAAGCAUAGUGUUGAUGAGAAUGAAUUAGAAGGAGCCAUAGAUGGUCUGCUACGCUUACAGGAUACCUAUCGACUAAAUACUACUGAUAUAGCUCAGGGUAUAUUAAAAGGCAUUUCCUAUAAUGUCCAUUUUGACUCGCGCCAUUGUUAUGAUAUUGGUCAAAGAGCUUUAGCUACAAAUCUAACUAGAUUAGCUCAUUCUUGGCUAAAAGAAGCUUUAAACAAAUUUUCAACUGGAUCAGAGAUCAAACUUGAGAAACUAGAUAUCGAAUUGGCUUUGGUUAAUGCUAAAUAUAAAAUGGGUGAUGUUAGAGGUGCUAAUCAAUCGUAUGUGGAUUUGAUUAAUUUAUAUCCGGACAGUGAAAGAAUAGCUAAACUUUAUGCAGAAUUUUCAGAGGAAUCUCUUAAUAAAACUUCCAUUGAAGUUGAUUACUCAAUAGAUCAUGAAUCUCCCCUAAAAAACUUAGAUAAAGCUAGUAAAUCUAUAUUACAUAAAUAUGCAUGUGCUGAUCUUAUAAGGAAAACCCCCAGUGAAGAACGUCACUUACGCUGCCGUUAUAUAAGCGAAACUAAUCCAUUUCUUCGUUUGGCUCCCAUCAAAGUAGAGGAAAUGAAUCAUGAUCCCUUGUUGCUAGUAUUUCAUAAUGUUAUAUCCGAUAAUGAAAUAGAAAUUGUGAAAAAUUUAACUAAACACAUACGUAGGGCAAGAGUUUUUAGUGAAAAUAAAUCAACUGUAUCCGAUAUACGCACCAGUCAAAUAACUUUUAUUAAGGCACAUAAACAUCCUGUAUUAGGCAUAAUCGAUAGACGUGUUGAAGAUAUGACUAAUCUUAAUAUGAAAUAUAGUGAAGAUCAUCAGUUUGCCAACUAUGGUAUUGGUGGUCAUUAUGGGCCUCAUAGGGAUUACUUUUCGCUAUUACAUAUGCGUCCUGAAAAAGUUACUAAAUAUCAUUUGGGCAAUCGUAUAGCCACGGUAUUAUUUUAUCUAACUGAUGUCGAACAAGGUGGUGGUACCGCUUUUCCUUAUAUGAAACAACAUUUAUUACCUAAAAAAGGUUCUGCUGCUUUUUGGUAUAAUUUACAUGCCUCUGGAGUUCGUAAUGAACGUACUAUGCAUGGCGCCUGUCCCAUUAUAGUGGGUUCAAAGUGGGUUUUAAAUCGUUGGAUCCGUGAACAUGAUCAAAGCGAUCGCAGACCAUGUCUAUUGUUUAAUGAUUCAUUGUAGUUCCUAUUUUAGUAAUUUGUUGUUUUAAAAAAGUUUUCAUUAAACAAAAAAU